GUCAACAAAAUUAAAUUUAAGAGUUUAUUUUUAUAGUUUAAAAAAGUGCAGUGGAUGAAUUAUUAAUUUCACAAACAAUUCCAUACUUUACUAUUAAUUUGUGUUAUUUUUUCAUAUCAAAAUCGAAAUUAGCAUCCAAAUUGAAAUUUUCCUUGAAAUUUCCGCACAAUCAGAGGUUCGAAAUUUGGGUUGAAAUCGAAAUUUAAGACACUGGUUAGAGGAAUCCAUUGGCCGUCAAUGAACUCUUUCAGAGGGAGGUGGGACAGGCAGUAGAGUUGGAUUCAUGGAGUCUCCGUUCAAGGCAGAUAUACUGAAAGGGAAGGUGGCCCUUCUCACAGGAGGAGGGUCUGGAAUUGGGUUCGAGAUAUCCCUGCAGUUGGGCAAGCAUGGAACCUCCGUGGCCAUCAUGGGUCGUCGCAAACACGUGCUUGACCUCGCAGUUGCCAAUCUCCAAUCUCUGGGAAUCCCUGCUAUUGGACUCGAGGGAGAUGUUCGCAAACAAGAUGAUGCAGUUAGAGUUUUGGAAUCAACUAUUAAGCAUUUUGGCAGGCUUGACAUUCUUGUCAAUGCUGCAGCAGGAAAUUUUCUUGUGUCAGCAGAGGAUUUAUCAUCAAAUGGCUUUCGAACAGUAAUCGAUAUAGAUUCUGUUGGCACUUUUACAAUGUCACAUGAAGCACUUAAGUAUCUAAAGAAAGGAGGACCAGGGAAGGAUUCAUCUGAUGGUGGAACAAUAAUAAAUAUUAGUGCAACUUUGCAUUAUACGGCGACUUGGUAUCAAAUCCAUGUUUCUGCAGCCAAGGCAGCUGUUGAUAGCAUUACAAGGAGCCUGGCCUUGGAGUGGGGGACAGAUUACAAUAUUAGAGUAAAUGGGAUUGCUCCAGGACCUAUUGCUGACACUAUGGGAGCUAGUAAACUUGCUCCUGAGGAGAUCACUCCAAAAUUUGAAGAGUAUGACCCCCUAUUUAAACUGGGGGAGAAGUGGGAUAUUGCCAUGGCUGCUCUGUACCUUGCAUCUGACAUGGGAAAGUACAUAAAUGGAACCACAAUGGUAGUAGAUGGAGGAGAAUGGCUGAGCAGACCCCCAUGGUUAUCAAAAGAUGCAGUAAAACAAGUGUCUCGAGCAGUGGAGAGGAGGUCCAGAGCUGCACCUGUGAUAGUUCCCAAGAGCAAGCUGUGAAUCUUCUGAUGAAUGGAUAUAUGAUUAAACAGAUGAGCAUUAUAUUUGGUCUGGGGUUUUGCUAUUAUGCAUAGAACAUUUUGAACAUGGAUCUGCUAUUAUUUGAUUCGAAGAACAGAGAGAUAAUGUUAGCGAUUUUACGUAUGCUGAAACCUUAAUGUAAAUAAUGUAUUAUGCCUUAACUUUGAAGUUUGUUGAGGUUAA